AUGAAGCCAAGUCUCCUGCACCUGGCUGUGAUGCUCUGCAUCUUUUGCGAAGGUGGCUCAAGUGAAAAGAAUGGGCUGGAACCAUCAGCUGAAGUCUCCACACACUUGGGAGCCCAGUCCCCACACCAGGAAAAUCCAACAGCUGCAUCUGGUAGUGACCAGACAACUCUAGAGCCUACCACUCCAUCCAUAGGGGCUGGACCCAGAAAUGACGAAAAUGAGGGUACCUCAGGUGGCUCAAGUGAAAAGAAUGGGCUGGAGCCAUCAGCUGGAGUCUCCACACACUUGGGAGCCCAGUCCCCACACCAGGAAAAUCCAACAGCUGCAUCUGGUAGUGAUCAGGCAACUCUAGAGCCUACCACUCCAUCCAUAGGGGCUGGACCCAGAAAUGAUGAAAAUGAGGGUACCUCAGGUGGCUCAAGUGAAAAGAAUGGGCUGGAACCAUCAGCUGGAGUCUCCACACACUUGGGAGCCCAGUCCCCACACCAGGAAAAUCCAACAGCUGCAUCUGGUAGUGACCAGACAACUCUAGAGCCUACCACUCCAUCCAUAGGGGCUGGACCCAGAAAUGACGAAAAUGAGGGUACCUCAGGUGGCUCAAGUGAAAAGAAUGGGCUGGAGCCAUCAGCUGGAGUCUCCACACACUUGGGAGCCCAGUCCCCACACCAGGAAAAUCCAACAGCUGCAUCUGGUAGUGACCAGACAACUCUAGAGCCUACCACUCCAUCCAUAGGGGCUGGACCCAGAAAUGACGAAAAUGAGGGUACCUCAGGUGGCUCAAGUGAAAAGAAUGGGCUGGAACCAUCAGCUGGAGUCUCCACACACUUGGGAGCCCAGUCCCCACACCAGGAAAAUCCAACAGCUGCAUCUGGUAGUGAUCAGACAACUCUAGAGCCUACCACUCCAUCCAUAGGGGCUGGACCCAGAAAUGACGAAAAUGAGGGUACCUCAGGUGGCUCAAGUGAAAAGAAUGGGCUGGAGUCAUCAGCUGGAGUCUCCACACACUUGGGAGCCCAGUCCCCACACCAGGAAAAUCCAACAGCUGCAUCUGGUAGUGAUCAGGCAACUCUAGAGCCUACCACUCCAUCCAUAGGGGCUGGACCCAGAAAUGAUGAAAAUGAGGGUACCUCAGGUGCCAGAAGCUCAUCCGAGUACAGUACAUCUGGACCACCCAGUACUCCAGAAAAGCGAUCCCAUGUUCCAGAAGCAACUCCCACAUACUCAGAAGCCAACAAAGUCUUUGGUGAAACAGCCACAUGGGGCAAUGGCAAAUUCAGAGCUCUCGAUGGCCACAUCUUUUCCUUUGAGUCUUCGUGCACUUACACUUUCUGUCGUGACUGUGCCGAAUCUGGAGGAGACUUCAACAUUGAGCUCAAAAGGGACAAGAAUGGUGACAUCGAAGAAAUAAAAGCUCAGAUCGAUGGCGUUGGCAUCUUAGUUUUGCAUAAUGAUAUUUUUGUUAAUGACAAAAGAGUAGAGGUGCCACACAACAGUAAGAUGAUUCACAUUAAAAAACAAGGCAAUAGCAACCAUCUGAGAAGCCGGAAAGGUACCCUGUCUUUACGGUGGAGCCAUAACACACUCUCACUCACCCUUUAUAGUCAAUACACAACCUGUGGUCUCUGUGGCAACUUCAGCAGCACUCCAGGUGAUGAUAUUAACGGGCACAUCGCCAGUAGUAAAAUUUCCAACGACUGUCCCAGUGCUUUGAAUAAGAACUAUGAAGUUUGUGAGGAUGGAGUACAGUAUUGUGACAAAAUUAUUGGGACUUACUUUGAAAAGUGUGAGAAGGUUUCCAUUUUAUCCAAUGAGUACAAGAAAGUGUGUGUUGACGAGUACUGUAGAACCAGAGGAGGCAAGAACGUGACAUGUGACACCUACUCAGAACUGGCCCGCCUGUGCGCCUACGAUGGUCCUGGUGACUUUGAACGCUGGCGAGAAGAUCCUGGUGUGGUUUGUGCAAAACAACAGUGUCCAGGAAAGCACAUCUACAAAGAAUGUGGACCUUCAAAUCCUCCAACUUGCUCUAAUGUGGCUCCUUUUCAGGACAGUGAAUGCGUGAGUGGCUGCAUCUGCCCAGAAGGUUAUCUGGUGGAUGAUAUCAUGGAGAAAGGAAAGUGUGUAUUAAAAGAAAAAUGUCCCUGUGAAUCUAAUGGAAAAGUGUAUAAGCCAGGAGAAGUCCGAGAAGGCCCCUGUGGCUCUCAAUGCACAUGCCAAGAAGCUAAGUGGUCCUGUACCGAAGCUCUGUGUCCUGGGAGCUGUAGAGUGGAAGGGAGCUUAUUUACCACUUUUGAUGACAACAAAUUUAGCCACCAUGGAAACUGUCACUUCUUGGCAGUCCAUAAUGAAGAUAUUUCUAUUAUUGUUAAGCUUCAAAACUGUGGGAAUGGUCAGACAGGAUCCUGCUUAAACAGUGUUAUUCUUCUCUGUAAUUCUUGUGUUUCAGGUAAUAGAUUUGUAUUCAAUCAUGAUGGAACAGUCACAAAGGAUGGAGUUUCAAUUAAAUAUCCUCACUAUUCAGAUAAUGUACAGAUCUCAAAUACAUCUUCUUUGUACAUCCAAGCAGAAGUAUAUUCUAAAGUUAUGAUGCAAAUACAAAUUGCUCCCGUGAUGCAGUUGUAUGUCUUCAUGGCUCCUAAUACAUUCAAUGACACUGUAGGUCUUUGUGGUUCCUACAACAACAAGGCAGAAGAUGAUUUCAUGUCAAGCCAGAAAAUUCUGGAGAGCUCAGCUCAGGCAUUUGCUAAAUCCUGGGAGAUGACUCCUUGCCCUGAUGGAAGUCCUUCUUCCUGUGUCAGCAUCGAAACAGAGAAAUUUGCUGAAAGCAACUGUGGGAUUCUUCUUGAUUCAAGUGGGCCUUUUGCUGCCUGUCAUCAAAUUGUGAACCCCAAAUUCUACUAUGAGGAAUGCAAAAAGUACACAUGUUCCUGUGAAAACAGCAAAGAUUGCUUGUGUACAGUUUUAGGGAACUAUGUGAAAGCAUGUGCGGAGAAGGAAACAUACCUGGAGGGCUGGAGAGAUGGACUGUGUGAGGUGUCUUGUUCAAGUGGCCUUGUGUUUAACUACAAAGUGAAAACCUGCAACAGUUCUUGCCGAUCUCUGUCAGAACGAGAUAGAAGCUGUGAUGUAAAAGGCAUUCCAGUUGAUGGAUGCACUUGCCCUGAUGGAAUGUACCAGAACAGUGAAGGAAACUGUGUUCAGAAAUCCGAGUGUGACUGCUAUGUUAAUGAUGAGAUUGUGCAACCAGGCAAAUCCAUAUUUAUUGAUGACAAUAAAUGUGUCUGUCAGGAUGGUGUGCUUCUUUGCCAAACUCCCCUUGAUUUAACCCUACAAAACUGUUCCAGAGGGGCUGAGUAUGUAGACUGCAAAGAUCCCAAGGCACAGAGAAGGACUGAAAGAACAUGCAGCACCAGGAACAUACCUGAUUUUGAAAGUGACUUGCCUUGCAAACGGGGAUGCUACUGUCCAGUAGGAAUGGUCCGCAACUCCAAAGGGAUCUGUAUACAUCCUGAUGACUGUCCCUGCUCUUUUGGUGACAGAGAAUAUGAACAAGGAAGUGUUACAUCCGUUGGCUGCAAUGAGUGCACUUGCAUCAAAGGGUCUUGGAACUGUACCCAAAAUGAGUGUCAAACAACUUGCCACAUCUAUGGCGAAGGGCAUGUUAGAACCUUUGAUGGAGAAAGCUACAGCUUUGAUGGGCUCUGCCAGUAUACGUUCCUUGAGGACUAUUGUGGCCAAGAAAAUGGCACCUUCCGUAUCUUAACCGAGAGCGUCCCUUGCUGUGAGAAUGGGCUUACCUGCUCCAGAAAAGUCAUAGUGGCUUUUCAGGAUCAGAAUAUCAUCUUACAAGAUGGUAAAGUGACAGCAGUUCAAACUGCCGAAAGCACGGAUUGUAAGCACAAUGGGACCUUGUACUCCAUCCACACUGUAGGUCUCUACCUGAUUGUGAAAUUUCUGAAUGGAAUCACCCUGAUCUGGGACAAAAACACAAAAGUAUCUGCUAUUAUGGACCCAAGCUGGCAUAACAAAGUCUGUGGUCUUUGUGGAAAUAACAAUGGUGACCUUAAGGACGACUUCACAACAAGGCACUCUUCGAUAGCUGCAGGAGCAUUGGAAUUUGGAAACAGUUGGAAAACAAGUCAGGAAUGUUCAGAUACAGUAACUCAAAACUACCCGUGUGACUCAAACCCAUACUGCAAAGCCUGGGCUGAGAAGAAGUGUGAGAUCAUCAGGGAUAACACCUUCAGAGACUGCCACAGCAAGGUGGACCCCACUACUUACUACGAUGCAUGUAUUGAAGAAGCCUGUGCGUGUGACAUGGAGGGAAAGUACCUCGGCUUCUGUACUGCCGUGGCAAUGUAUGCAGAGGCGUGCAAUGCAGCUGGAGUCUGUGUCUCGUGGAGAAAGCCAAACCUUUGCCCUGUGUACUGCGACUACUACAACGCACCUGGAGAGUGCAGCUGGCACUAUGAGCCUUGUGGUACAGUGACGGCCAAAACAUGCAAAGAUCAUGUCAUUGGCAAAAAGUUUUCCUCGCUUUUAGAAGGAUGUUAUGCCAAGUGUCCAGAAAACGCACCCUAUCUGGACGAGAACACUAUGAAAUGUGUCCAGUUGUCCCAGUGCAGCUGUUUCUACAAUGAUGUCAUCCCAGCAGGAGGAGUCAUUGUAGAUGACUGUGGAAGAACAUGCUCUUGUACUGCUGGCGAGCUGGACUGCAAUGUUUCUGUGACCACAGCUACUUCCGGAUUAAGCACCUCAACAGGGCAACUGCAGUUUGAACCGGUGUGUUUUCUGCAUGUUUUCAUGUUAGUGCUGAAGGAAGGACUCUAUGCAGCAUUAACUGGGCCCUGA